UGCAUGUCGCGCGUUUCGUUUAGAUCGCGACAUCGCAGUUGGUUGUUUAUUCUAUGACAUCGCGAAUCGUGGCAACUUCCUCUGUGCGCCAACACUCCCUCUGUCUCGGCGUUACGCUGUCUUUUACUUUACAAAGCACAGCACUGUCUUGCUCGCACAAGGUGCGAUUUUAAUUCAAACAUGGAGCUCACAGUACCCGCCUUUAUGAAAAGGUGUAUUGACUCCUACGAAGCGCUUAGAGACAGAUUUUCAAAGAGCACUGGCAAAGCCCGACAGCUAGUAUGAAGAGUUAAAGUCAGAAGGAAAGGUCCCAAGUGAAGUGGGAAUUACCUUCUGGGAUGCCGUCGUUAUGUCAGCUGCUGAUGAAGAACAAGCUGCUGCAUUCCAUGAACAAAUCACUCAAAGGAAAGAGAAGAAUCUCGUACCUCUUGUGCCGUAUCAUGUGUUCUCAGAUCCACCUGGACCAAAAGUUGGUUCAGGUGGUGCAACCCUUCACAUACUUGAGCAACUUCGUAACAUAUAUGGAGAAGAACAAAGACGUAUGAGAAUCUUGCUUAUUCAUACUGGUGGUCAAAGCAAGCGCCUCCCAAGCCACAGUGCUCUGGGAAAGCUGUUUGCACUUCUGCCAGUCGUAGCUGCCACCGAGUUACAAAUGUUUGACCUAAAGAUGUCCAUGUACUCUCCAUUCCUGGCCAAGAUGAGGGCUGGCGUGUUUUUGACUUGCUCGGAUGAUAUAGAGACUUACACACUUCCUCCUCUUGAAGAAAUGGCACAGUCAGGCCAGUGGAGCUUUGACAACUCCGGAUUCACCGCACUUGCACAUCCAUCCCCCAUUUCAGUGGGUUUAACACAUGGAGUCUAUGUCCUGCCAGAGGAAGUACAAUGUAGCUCUGUAUGUCUGACAACCAAGUGCCUUGAAGUUCUGCAGAAGCCCACAGAGAAGCUUAUGCAUGACAAGGGAGCAAUUUUCAAAAAAGGAGAAGGAGAUAGUGCCAAAGAGUUUGCGUACACCGACAGCGCAUUCUUCUUUGAUUGCUCUGUGGUGGACAAACUCAUCAAGUUCUACGCCCAGAUCAAGCCAGUGACCCAAGAAAUCGACGCCUACAGAGAUUUUCUGCAGCUUCUUGGUAGUCGUUCAAGGAGAUGCGUUUCAAAGACUCGUGAAGGUGGAGCGGGUGAUCAGCUCAGGGUCCAGCAAAUCCUCCAAGACUGCGAGCUACACGUAGUGGUGCUGCCAUUGUCAAGGUUUUACCACCUUGGAACAAUGCAGGAGUACAUAGACAACUUGUGUUUCAGUGAGACUUUUGCAGAGGAGUUGCAAACCUCUAGGUUUGUGCACAGCAAGCUUAUUCCUUUUGAGGUUUGUGUGCCUAGCAACAUUUCUGGAGUAAUAAUGCACUCCCUAAUUAACCCAAGAUCUACCAUUCCGCAUUCAGCAGUUGUAGAACACUGUAGGUUGGAAGUGCCAAUUAAGAUGGGAGAUAAGUGCAUUCUCAGCAACUGCCGACUGGAAAAACUAGGCAACAAGGUGGUGGAAGUUCCGGGUAAUGCUAUUAUAUUUACCAUCAGUGUAAAAACUGUCACUUGCAAAGGGUAUGCCACGCUCGCUUUUGGAAUUGAUGAUGACUUGAAGUUAGUGGCAAGUGAUGUAAAGGAACUGUCCUACUUUGGAAAGAAGCUGGGUCUGUUGGAAAAUUCCAAGCUCGUUAUGUGCAACUCAUUAUUUACCACCUAUCGUGCUGCAUCAACUCUCUGGGAAGCAAAACUUUUUUCAGUGAAGCCCACAAUGACGGAAGCAUUUCUGUCUACGUUGGAAUUGGUGCAAGCAGUAGUACAAAAUGUCCCUCAAGUGCCAAAACAAAAGAACAGUGCGGAGGUGAGCAUGGAAGAUGUAUUAAGAUGGAAAGACAUACGAGCACUUCUUAGGCACCAAAGUACAAUAUUUAGUUAAUAAAGUGACUAAGUUAUUGCAUGGCA